AUGUCUUGUCUGCAUACUGAUCCCGUCCACUGUGCUGGAGACGCCCGGUCGAGCGGGUACUCGGUCCCUCGCGAAGCUGAACUACUCUUCAAUAAGAAGCUCUUAGGCCAUCCUUCGAUUUUCUCACUACUACCAUCAGAGGUUGGCCGAAUGGCGAAGAAAGUGCGCUUCGUGGGAAGUGACAAAACAAGCUUACCAAUGAAUUGGAGGGUUGGCGAGUCUUUGGCUGCGCUUCACGCACUUGAGGCUGCGCUGGUCAACGGACCACACACUGCUCUUCCCGAUGUCCAUGUUCCUGUGGACUGUGGACCCGCAGGGGCAAAUGUCGACGCGACCCAUGAUCCUACGAAGCUUACGAAGUACAUUGUCAACACUGACAGGUUCGAGAGAUCGGCCACCCCAUACCGUGCGGCCAGCUCGUGCAUCUACAAAUGCGCAGAUGGGAGAUGGUUUAAACUCCACGGUUCUUUGAACCCAGAUGGUGUCCUGGACGUGCUCGGCCUUCUACAUGAUCACCUAGCAGCCUCGGCCGAGGAAGCCCAGGCGAUUUACAGGGAAAAACUAUCAAAGCUCCCGUCCAGCCAGGUGCGUGGCAUGAUCGCUGACGCUGGCGAAUGCGGGGACAUAUGCAACAGUUUCGACGAAUAUGCACGAUCUGAACAGGGCCAGGCAAACGCUCAUGUCGGCCUCUUCGAAUUGAGACAUGUCCCCUCCAAGUUUCAGCAGCCAUCGUGGUGGCCGUCAACACAACAGACGUCGGUUGCACGACCAUUGCCGGGUCUGAAGAUCAUUGAGUUAGCACGGAUCAUUGCAGGACCGUCGGUGUGCCGUUGUCUGGCCGAGCUUGGAGCUUCUGUCAUCCACAUCAAUUCCCCGGAUAUUCCAGACAUACCCUCCCUGCAUCUCGACCUGAACUGGGGGAAAUGGUGUGCGUACGUGGACCUUACGACCGCCGAGGGACGUCGAACCCUGCGGGAUCUUGUGUUAGAGGCCGAUGUCGUGAUCAACGGCUAUCGCCCAGGCGCGCUGGACAAGUUCGGCUUCUCGUUCACCGACAUCAUCGACAUGCUGGGUCAUCGCGACCGAGGUAUUGUGUCCGUCCGGCUGAAUUGCUAUGGAUGGUAUGGACCAUCUAGCCAUCGGCCGGGCUGGCAACCCGUCUCGGAUGCCUACACGGGCAUCUCUCAUGGGUAUGGCCAGGCGCUCGGACUCGCCGACGACGAACCAGUUUCUCCCAUGUUCCCGGCUGCGGACUACUCGACGGGCCUGGUGGGUGCCAUCGCCAUCAUCUCUGCGCUCAUUCAACGAGGUGAAAAGGGUGGGAGCUACCAAGUGGACCUGGCCCUGAACUAUUACAACCAAUUUCUCGCCCGCGAUUGUGGCGCCUACCCGAACGACGUGUGGAAAGAGCUUUUGGAAAGCACUGGCGGACUUGGAUUUCGAGCCCAGCACGGCAUGGAGAAGACCGCGACGAGGACGCUCAGGUUCCUCCGCGAGAAGGGCGCUAUACGGGAAGACUUUUUCGAAAUCCGGCACAGCGGCAUCCUUGGGGUGGAUGUCCAUUGCGUCAAACCCGCCAUUUACUUUCCUGACGGAGAAGUAAAAUUGGGCUACAACGUUGGAGUUAGGGGGAACGGGCGGGAUAAAGCAAAGUGGCCUGCAGAUCUCAUGACAGAAAUCGUCGUAUGA